UUUUCCUACCUUCACCCUAACUGUCGACCUCAUCACAGCUUCGUGUCCCAGUAAGUCGACUCAGUCUAUUCAAUCCUUCUGUUAGCGUGCGAUUACCGUCUGUUCCUGUUUCUCGAUUCGUAUCCAGCAGCAAACGUCAAAGCCCGAGAUCGCAAUGUACCGUUCUGCAUGGACUCCACCGCAUCUUCGGUAUCUUCCAGAAGGAAAUAAUGGUCAUGGUCGUCAGAGCCUGUCUCAUACCCGUGGAUUGAACUACAUACCCGUGGGACCUCGGUCAACCAAUAUGACCGUUUGCAAGUUUUGGUUAGAGAACAGAUGCCGUUUUGGAGAUAGUUGCAAGAAUGAACACUCGAACAAUCCACAAGGCAACCGCAGUGGGGGUUUUGGUGGAGGCUUAAGCAACAAUCGAUUCGGAGCCUUUGGGGGUGAUAGUUAUCGACCCGCACAGCAAUCUGGAGGACGAAACUCAAGCGUUCCACGUUUCAAUCUGGAUGAUGGAGUCAUUAAAUCGGAUCUAACGAAUGAGCGACCCAUUUAUCCGAUAUCAUGUUAUGGUCCUGGUCGAGAUGCGCCGCGUCAACUAAUAGAGGGUCCGGUCGAAGUCAGCCCUGAAGAGCUACGAUCUAGGUAUUAUCUAGCACGUCGCACCGGAAACGAAAUGGCCGCACAACAAGAGCAAACCCAGCUGGCCGCCAAAAUGGAUGCACAAGUCAAAGCUGUCCUCGAUGAUUUGAAAGGUGCGGUCAGGUACAUCGAAGCAGGUACAGACGUUCACCCGAAUCGAUUGGACAUUGUUGCAGGAAAAGCUCCAUUUACGGCAAAUAAUUCGAAUAACAACGCCCCUACGUCAAAUCCGCUUUCCCAACAGCCUGCAAAUCCUUUUAGUGGAGGUGCGAAAAUGCAGACCCCUGCUUUUGGACAACCCGGAGGUUCUACUUUUGGACAACCUUCGAAUCAGGGGCAAGGCACAGCAUUCGGUCAGCCUUCAAAGCCGGGACAAACCACAGCGUUCGGCCAGCCUUCGAAUCCUGGACAAACCACAGCGUUUGGUCAACCCUCACAUCCUGGACAGACUUCUUCAGCAUUCGGACAGGCGUCAAAUCCUGGGCAGACGAGCUCUCCAUUUGGUCAGCCGUCAGCUUUGGGAGGGACCUCCGCAUUUGGUAAACCUUCGGUCCCGGGCGGAGGUGCCUUCGGUCAGCCUGCUACGCCAUCUGCUUUUGGAAGCUCAGGAUUCGGGAAGCCUUCAAUGCCGGGCGCUGGUGCGGCUUUCGGGCAGGCCAGUACUCCAGGGCAACAGUCUGCAUUCGGGCAAACUUCAGCGCCCGGAGCAUCAUCCGGUUUUGGUAAACCUUCGAUGCCUGGGCAAACAUCGGCCUUUGGACAGCCCAGUGCUCCGGGUCAGGGCAACGCAUUUGCAAAGCCUGCCUUUGGUCAGACUGGAUUCGGCCAAACCUCGCAGCCAGGUGCUACAUCCUCCCCCUUUGGACAGCAAUCGCAAGCGAACAAGCCAAAUCCUUUUGGCCAAGCCCAAUCAAGCAACCAGCCUUCACCAUUUGGUCAGCAAACACAGACGACUACACAGUCAAGUCCGUUUGGUCAAGCUCAACAGCAGAAUGCGGCUCAGUCAAGCCCCUUUGGAGGGGCCAGUGCCGCACAAAAACCAUCCCCAUUUGCACAGGCUAGCAAUGCAAAUGCAUCGCCCUUCGCACCACAAAACCAAACAUCUACGGCACCGAGCUCAGCUCCGAACCCCUUCAAUACGAAACCUCCGACUCUAGGUAACACACCUUCGCCCUUUGGAGCACAGACCCAAACUAGCAGUGUCUUUGGACAAUCCCAAACAACACAAGCGCCUUCGCCAUUCAGUCAGCCAGCUGGAGCAGCUCGGCCUGCAACGACUUCAAACACCACUGCAGCCUCCGAUAUUGACCCAAGGGAUCGACUGAAGGAAGGCAAACCGGAAGAGUAUGAUGGCGAACAAGGGAAGCUGCUCGAGGAAAUAUAUCUCCGCGUUGCGCAGACUGGUUUCUUCAACGACAAUGAAGACAUCCCAUUGACACCCCCGAAGUGUGAAUGGAUCGUACCAGUCGUAUAAAUGGCACCGUCCGUAGGGGACACUAUACAUUGAGCCAGUACGCC